CUGGGAACUGUGUGCAUUUAUUCAGUAGCUGGAGCGGGAGCGGAGCGCAUAAAUUGAGAAGGGCUAGGCGAGUAAGCGUGUAUUCUUUUAGCGGUUUGUCAGGGUUGGAACUGGAUUUCAUAAUUUUUUAUGCCCCCUCCCCUUGGAAUAUAGUUGCGGUUUUGAAGCGAAUGAGUGUGGAAAGCCUCUGUUAUAUAUUUUUGUGUUCUGUUUUUGUGCAAGAUUUAAAAACGCUAAUCGUAAUCAUAUCUCACACCCCUCACCCUUUACCCCCGCACCUCCACCAGCAUCGGUGGUUGCGGAGUAGUCUCGUUUUGUAAAUUGCUUUUUUAGUUUUUAGUCCGUGGCAGGCUUAGUGACCGUCGAAGAACGAUCAAGAGCAGGUUAUCGAAAGGCUCAAACUGGAAUAGCUGCCUCGGAGCUUCUGCUGCUUCUUGAAUGUGGCUGUAUUGUGUUUUUGCCCUUUUAAACAAACCUAGUUUAACAGUAAAAGGAGGGUGAACGUAUUUCGUAUUACCGCAGAGGGACUGACUAGUUCGCGGAGCUCCGUACUCACAGUCGCUUAUACAUGUAAAACGGUGUUUAUUUUCCGAAAGACGACGAUUAGACCGGGUUGGUGUUGGUUGGCGAAGCCGAGGACGGAUCGUCUGGAGCCGGACACAUCGUUCUUUCGGACGAUGGUGCUGGAUAAGGAAGAAGGUGUGCCAAUGCUUUCAGUGCAGCCCAAAGGCAAACAGAAGGGGUGCGCUGGCUGUAACAGGAAGAUAAAGGAUCGGUACUUGCUGAAGGCACUUGAUAAAUACUGGCAUGAAGACUGUCUAAAGUGUGCCUGCUGUGACUGUCGGCUUGGAGAGGUGGGCUCCACACUGUAUACGAAGGCAAACCUUAUUCUGUGUCGCAGAGAUUAUUUAAGGCUCUUUGGGACCACUGGGAACUGUGCAGCUUGCAGCAAACUGAUCCCGGCUUUUGAAAUGGUGAUGAGAGCUAGAGAGAAUGUUUACCAUUUGGACUGUUUUGCCUGUCAGCUUUGUAAUCAAAGGUUUUGCGUAGGAGACAAAUUUUUCCUGAAGAACAACAUGAUUCUUUGUCAGAUGGACUAUGAGGAAGGACAGCUGAAUGGAAGCUUUGAAACACAAGUUCAGUAGCUGCUGUCCCACCUGCUGAAGCUCCAUGCUGAUGGAUGGAUGUUCUGCUGCACUUCACAUUGGAGAGCGUCUGUCUGCUUGCUUGCAAUACUUUUUCAAUCCUUUUAUUGGUGCAGAGAGACUGUAUUGUAAAUGUUCAUUUUUUGGCAUUUUAGCCGCUCCUUACCCCCUCCCCAAACACUGAGCAGUUAGAUGUACAGUUGUGCCUGCUUAGCUGAGCACUCCGUUGCCUGUAUGGUUUUUGUGAUUUUUAGUUUUUUCCCUUUGCAGAGGGUUGCUGGGAGGGUCUGUACAGUCUGUUUUCUGUAUAUAUAAACGGGAACAUUUAUUUUAUGAAAAUGUAAUGCAAUUUUAUUACUAGUGUGAAAUUAAAGAUUCUUAAAUGUUUGAA